CAAACCAUUGCAAAGUUCACAAAAGUCAAAAAAAUCUUUAACCCUUAACUAUAUUUGAGUUCAAGCUGCUGCUGUUGCUGCAAGCAAACAUACCAUACUCUAUAAACUCGAAGGCGUGACAGCAUCAAGCCAUUUUGGCAUAAAAUAUCAGCUUCAGUUUUCACCAACUUGCGGUGGUGUUUUUGCCGAUUUUGUGUUUGUUUUACACAAUUUAUGCGCUGCGCGGCUGUCCCAUAAAGCUUAUAAAAUUGGCAAGAUAAGUAAGCAUAGCACAAAGAUGCCGCCAGCGUCUGCGGUGAACAAUAACAAUGCGGCUGUGCAAGCGGCAGCUGCGGAGCGAGCUGAAAAAUUGCGAGGGUCACUCAAAGGCUUCAUUCUGGCCGACCGUCAGCGCAGGCAGGAAGAGUAUGAGAGGCUGUGCGAGGAGUUGCGUCUGCGACGGGAACGUGAAGCCCGCGAACGCGAGAACAAUUUGUUACUGGAAGACACACGUGGACAAAUAACCAUAUUGGAUGAGCAACUGGCUGAUUUGCAUCAGAAGAAGCAUCAGCUGGUGGUGCAAUUGAAAAAAGUACUAAACGACGAUGAGACGCGUAAGAAGCAGGCGAAAGAGAACGAAAUGUUUGCUCUGCAGCAGGUGCAGGCCAUGCAGCAGGUGCAGGCCAUGCAGCAGGCGGCGGCUGCAACGGCUCAGGUAUUUGUGUCGCCCAUGCGACUACAUCCUCAAUUGCCGUUGGUUCAAAAGCAGCCGGCGUCCGGUAGUCUGUCGACGUCUGUGAAACGCGGACGCAGUCCCUCGCCACCGAGUCAACAGCAUCAGGCGUACUACAAGAGCCCCGCCAACUAUGGACAGCAGCAACAGAAACACGAUGACUACCGUCGUGCCGCGGACUAUGCGAAAAUGUCAUGGAACAAGUCAACGGCACAAUAUUCGGGCACUGGAACGCUGUUUUAUCAGACAACGGCGGCGCCACCGACAACACAGCAUCAGGCAGAUGCACGCCUUCAGUCCAUCUAUAACUAUAGUCUGCCAUUGCGGCCGGCUUACCACGUGGAACUUCAGGCAGCGCCAAGUGCAACGGUGAGCAAAGCACCUGGGUCGCAGUCACCAUCGUCAAAGACGCAGCCGAUGCAGGUGCUGCACAUCAAUUUGGAUCAACCGCCCAUUACGCAGGGUGACCUCGUUCAGGUGCAAUCUGGCGCCAGCGGUCUUUCUGUGCAAACGUCCAAGCCGCAGGUGACCAUGGAGAAGCUGCCCGAUCGCUAUCACAUUGAGGUCAAGCAUGAGGGAGCGCCACAGGUCCAUGUGCCGCCCCCGCCGCCGCAUUUACUGAAUGAGGUUAUAUAUAAGCCACUACUGCAUCCCAAUGUGCUGCAGAUCAGCACCAGUCCAGCACAGAAUCCCAAGGCAACGGGCAGCAUUACGCAAGGCUAUGCGCCGGGACGCGGCUCCAGUGUUUAUGACCAGCAAUUGGCCAGACAGCAAUUGUCCAUGCUGCCCGGUCAGUCGGGCGCUGGUUCCAGUGCCGGCCAACAGCUGCAGUACACGCGACGCUUGUAUUAAUUUCGUUAGUUAUGUAUCUGCUAAGCUCGCUAAUAAUUUUAACAUUUUAACUGGACAUUAUUUCGUAUUUUGACUACGCUGCUUUUUGCAGCAGCACCAGAAUAAAGCACACAACUAUGGCGUCCCUAUUUUCCAA